GGCACUGCUUCCAGCAUCCUCUCCUCUCUGCUCUCUCUAAAGCCACACACUGAUAUUUGUGAUCAACUCCCAUUUGGAGGUUCUCUCCUCACCACCAGCAUCAGCAGCCCAGAGCGGCCCCAGGGGGUCCGGCAUGUCUGUGUCGAAGAGCUUCUUUUGAUCACCCGCUUGUUUGUUUUGUGCCGCGCGCCCGUCUCGCCUUUAGUCCAACCGAGAAAGAUGGCCGCCGCCGCCAAGCUGCUGACCAGCGCGGGCCUGCUGCUGGCGUUCGGCUCCCUCUGCCUCCUCGCCAUGGCCAUCUGCACCGACUAUUGGUACGAGACGGACGCGCGGCGGCACCGCGAGCGCUGCAACAGCUACGCGAGCAACCGCAACGACCCGGGCUACAUCUCCAUCUCGAACCGCAACCUGCCUCUCCGGAUGCCGCCGGAAGCUGCUGCUGAAGGGCUGACCAGAGAGAAGCGGCAUCUCGCCGCUCCGCUGGCGGCUAUAGAGUUCCACUGCAGCCGAAGGUUCAAUUCCACCGUGUCGGGUUUGUGGAGGAAGUGUUACCGCGACGGCUUCGACCUGGAGACUGACGAGCUUAUCUACAGAGGUGUGAUUCAGAGAUGCACUCCAGUGACAUAUCACUACACCUCCUCCAUCCUGCCCCGAAAUCUACCAGUCAACAUCACUAAAACAAUCCGGCAGGAUGAGUGGCAUGCUCUGCAUCUACGCAGGAUGACUGCAGGCUUUGUGGGCAUGGCUGUCUCCAUCAUCCUCUUUGGGUGGACCAUUGGGGUGCUGGGCUGCUGCCAGCAGCACGACCUCAUGCAGUAUGUAGCUGGCCUGCUCUUCCUCAUGGGAGGAACCUGCUGUAUCAUCUCCCUGUGCACCUGUGUGGCAGGAAUCAACUUCGAGCUGUCACGGUAUCCUCAAUACUUGUACGGCCUUCCCGAGGACAUCAGUCACGGCUACGGAUGGUCCAUGUUCUGUGCCUGGGGUGGUCUGGGGCUAACGUUACUGGCUGGCUUCCUGUGCACGCUCGCACCUUCCCUGAGCAGCACCUCAACCCAAACAACCGUCCACAAACCACGGCACGAGAAUGGAACUGUGUGAGAAACCUUUCCACAAAUUGUACACCACAGCAGCACAGGACGCUGGUCUGGUCAUAAUCACAAACACACACACACACACACACACACACACACACACACACACACACACACACUGCUGAAAUUACUCUAUCAUCCAGUUUAACACCUCUCAUCAGCGUCAGGACAUGAGUGCUGGAGGUGACUGGAUACUAAUACUCAUCUCCUGCAUGGCAGCUAGUGACGUGUAACCGUACACAACAAACUAGACUGAGCGCUCACUGUCACUCCUUAAGCACACGGAAUAAGACACAGGAUAGUUUCGGCAUAAACAAUGUAGAUAAUCAGACACAAACACAAAGACGACAUACACGUAUAGACUAUUCCAAAUAAACAUUCCACCUUCCUAAACCUGAACUGAAAACGGUUGCAUUAUGAACAUACAUCUUAAAAUGGUGCUCUCUGUUCUAAAUACCACGUGCACAAACAUUUACAUGCGUCAGGACUAACAGGGACAAAGACCAUCUGGAAGCCAUGUUUUAUUAUUAUUUUUUAAUCCUAAAGUACUGCAUUUUUUUUUCUAGAUUUAAAUCCUAAUCAGGACUUGCGUAAACACCACCGUGGUCCGAGCCCUUUGUGCUCCAUCAAAAGUCUAGACUAACCUUGUAGCAUUGGUACUUUCCUAAAGCCGCUAUUGCAGCAGUAUUAAAAGAAACAAAUAAAUCCUGCGACAGCAGUUCCUGAUUAGAGCUUUGAAAAGAGCAAAAUCAGCUAAAUAAAUAAAUAAAUAAAUAAAUAAAUAAAUGCUACAAUGGUUUCCACCGAGGUGAAGGAUCUGGACUUAUCUCUGUAAAGACUGUGACAUAAGCCCGAGGACUUAACUGAAGAGGAGAACAGCCGCAAGAGGGAGAAAAGGAUGUGUGGAAUUAUGAGAUAAAAAGAAAUAUCAAAGGUUGGAUUGAAGCAUUGAUGCAUUAGUGGAGUAAACUUUCUAGGGCCUCUGUAAGUCAGUCUGUACUGAAAUUCAUUUUCUUCUGUACUUUUUAUUUCGCUAUUUAUUUGAAACAAGGUCUGGCAAAGAAUGGGGCUCUAUUUUUUUUUUUCUUUGUCAUCAGGCUGACACUGGACGACUUCACUUUUCUUGAGGGAUUGGAAAUGUUUCCGUCCUUGGGAGUACGCAGUAUAGUUGAAUAGCUGAGCUGAAUUUUGUAACAGUGCUCCUCUGAGCAUCACGUCUUGUUGAGCAGAAUGGCUGCUGUGAGCUCACCACAGGAAUCCAAAUCCAGAUAAAAUUACCUUUACAGUUGUUUUUCUUCCACAGUGCUCUCAGAUCCUUUCUAUAAAAGCACAAAGAUGCAUGAAGCCUGUUACAAUUUCUCACAAAUAACAUGCUUAAAAUGUGUGUUGCAUAGAAAAGUGUCCUAAUGCUACAGUAUAGCGUAAGGUACACUGUAUAUCGGUGUGUAACAUACAGUACUCUAAUGUUUUCGUUACCCAGACUGCACCUUGGCGAGGGUGGGCUAUACAGCAAAAAUGUUACCGUGAUAUAUAAUCUUUACUAAUAAAGUGCCUCCAAAACUCCAGAGCCACAUUUAAAAGAAUUAGUGUUAUAAAUGUCAGUGAUAUACGUGUAGUAGUGCUGGUAAGUGAACUGCACACCACAGUACUGUUCUGAGUUCUAGAUUCUGACAAGACAGAUGGUGUUAAUUAAUUUUCAUUAAGACGAGCUCUGACAGUUUUAAAGUUGUAGUGAAAUUUUCUGUAAGGACAUACUUUAGCAUAUGGAAGGAGGUAAAACUGUAGCUUGCUGUUUUCUGACAUAGCCUUCGGGACUGUGCAGUUUCACCAACAUGACAAGCUGCGUUUGUUUCAUUCCAGUGAAAGAAAAAACGAGGGAUGGUCAGGGACCGACUGUUUAUAGCUGCUAUAACGUGCUGUGCCAAGAGAAAAGUGUUUAGCUCGUUUCAUGUUUCCCACAUUUUAUUAUGUUUCCCACAUCUCUUAAAAUGGAUUCAAUCCUUUUUUGCUCCUCCUCAUUCUGCACAUAAUACUCCAUGGUGACAAAGUAAAAGCAGGUGUUUGGAAUUGUUUUGGUAAUUUAUUUUUAUUUCAAAAAAAAAAAAAAAAAUGAAAUAUCUAAUUCCCAUAAGUAUUCAGAUCCCUCUCAGUAUUUGAUUGACGCACCUUUGGCAGCAGUGUGAGUGAUGCUGCAAGCUUGGCAAUGCUUUCUUUUCGAAGGGUCUCCCAUUCCUCUUGGCAGAAUCUUUCAAGGCAAUCCAAGUUGAAUAAGCAAAGCCAUUUCAGGUCUCUGCAGAGAUGCUCUACUGGGUUCAGAUCCAGACUGGCUGGACCUCUCCAGGACUUUCACACAAAAGCCAUCUUCAGAAGCCAAGGCUGUGUUUUCUUAGGGGUACACUUUGGGUUUUUGUCUUAUUGAAAUGUAAACCGUCUUCCCCCAGCCUGAGAUCCUGAGCAUGUUGGAGAAUGUAUUCUAUACUGACUAGUCUCCCAGAUUGCAGAAAAAUAUCCCCACAGCAUUAUGCUGACACCUCCGCUCGAAGGAUGGAUUUAAUAAAGUGAUAAGCGGUGCUUGAUUUACUGAUUCCAAAUGGUUUAAUCUUGGUGUCAUCAGAUCAGAGGAUUUUGUUUCAUAUGGGCCGAGAGUUCCUCAGGAGCUUUUUUGGCAAACUUUCAGCAGACUGCCGUGUGUGUAAGGCUCUCCCGUCUCCAAAAGAGAACUCAGGAUCUCAUUUAUAGUGACCUUUGAGUUCAUGGUUACCUGAUUGCUCAGUUUGACUGGGUGGCCAAUUCUGGGAAGAUCGUUGGUUGCUCCAAAUCUUGAUGGAGCCCACUGUGUAUCCUCCUUUCCCAGAUCUUCCUCACCCCAACACUCACUCACUCAUCUUCUAUAGUACUAAAUCCUGUAUAAGCCUAUCCCAGGAGACCUGGAGAGGGUGCCAAUCCAUCGCAGGGCACACAGACAUACACACUCACACACCAUGGGCAAUUUGAGAACACCAAUUAAUCUACAUGUCUUUGGACUGUGGGAGGAAACCAGAGUACCCUUAGGAAACCCAUCAAGCAAACUCCAUGCACACAGAGACAGAAAUCGAGCCUGGCCAAGAACCGAACCCGGACCCUGAAGGUGCAAGUCGACAAUGCUAACCACUACACCACCUUCGCCCCAACACAUCAUUAAUUAUUUAAUCGGUUUUCUGUGUUUUUUGUUUGUAGAUAUUCAGUUAAACACUUUAUGUUUAUAUAUUUAAGUCAUUAUGUUUAUAUAUGUUUAUAUAUUUAAGAUAUGUUUAUUUUGUUUAUAAUUAUCUUUGGACAGAGGGGAGAUUCGAACAGUGCUAACCAUUAAGCCACCAUGCUGACAUUUUUUUGUAGUAUGCAUGUUUUUUUGUACUGUUUUUAAGCAUGUCUACCCAGUUUUAAAGUAUUUAUGCAUAGUUUUUUUAUUACCUGCUUACUUAUUACUCCUAGAUGGAUGGACGGAUUGGUUUAAUAUGCAUACUUUGUACUUUUUUGUGACACAAACCUCAGAAUCUUUUAGAUUGCAAUAUGUGUGCUAGUAUAUACUUUUGUGACCCUUUGUGGAGUAUUGUGUGUAGAAUGAUGGGGGGGGG